AUGUAUACUGAUAAAAAUCUUCUUUUCUAUCAAUCCGAUUAUGACAAAUCUCAUUUAUUAUCACUUCCACAUCAAUCAAAUAUUGAAACAAAUUCAAUCGGAUAUAAUUAUCAAAAUUCAAUAUUGUUUUCUUCAUCUGAUACUAAUUAUAAUAAUUCAUACAUACCAUUGGAAAAAGAUAAUCUAUCAGCAUUAUAUGUAUAUUAUCAAAUUGAUCCACAAAUGUAUCCACCACCUGAUCUUCAAUUUAAUGAAACAAUUCAACAAUUUUUUAAUCCAUCUCAUUUAUAUUUACAAUCAUUAAGAUUAGACAAUAACAACUUGUUAGAACAACAAGAAAAUAUUUGCAAUAAUAAUAGACAAAAAUUUUCGAAUCAGAAAAAAGAUAAAAAACGACUAAAAUCUAAUAGAAAUCAAAUAAAGAAUAAUACACAAUCAAAAACUUCUAAUAAUUUUCAUCAACAAAAUAUAAUUACUGUACGUCGAAUACUUUCUCAUGAUAUUUUUAAUUCACAAACAAUAAUGAACAAAUCAAACGAACACAAUAAUCUUAACAAUGAAACUAAAAUAAAUCAAUGGAAUGACAAAACUAAUCUCAUAGAAAAUCCAUUACAAAAUUCUAAACAUUAUUCUGCUGAAUACAAUCCAUCACUUACUUUUGUUGAAUUACAAACAUUACCCAUGCAAUCAAUUACAAACAAAUCAUUCGUCUCUCCAUUAACUACAAAUCAUAAUACAAACAUUUUGACAACUCUCGUUCCUAAUAUUCUCUUUCAACAACAAGUACUCGAAAAGAAAAUGUCAAAAUCGAUGAGUAUGACAACAUUGAAGGUUACUUCUGUCAGUGAUUCAUCAACUAGUUCAUUAGCCUUUACACGAUUACUUACUGAUGACAAUAAUCAAACUAAACCAGAUGUUACUAUAUCCGGUUCACACAUUGAUUUUGGAACACUGUCUACACCUCAUUUAUCUACUACUUCGUCUAUUGUACCUCAUUUUUCAUCUACAGUUGCUCCUCAUGUAUCACAUCAUGUUUUAUCAUCAACAAAUGCAAUGUCAGAUAAUAUACAUCAAACUAAAUCAAUCAUAAGUCCGAUUUUAACAAAUGAAAAUAUUCAAAAUUUAGUUGAUCAAUUGAAAAUUUAUAUUGAUACACUUAAUCUCUUAUUUGAAAAUAAAAUUGAACAUAAAAAAUAUGUUAUUUCUAAUAAAAAAUCUUAUUCAGACGAUAAAAUAAAUAUAUCGGAAAAGAAACAAACAGAAUUAUUGUCAUCAUCAUCAUCAUCAUCUUUAAUAUCAACAAGAACUUGUUCAAGAUUCUCCAGACAAUCUAUUUCCGAUGGCAAUGACCUUUGUGUUAAAGACAUUAUUGUUCGACGAUGUCAUUCUUUUAAUAAAUAUCAAGGACAAAUAAGUAUGUUUGAUCUUUUCGUAUAA